AUGUCGACCCGACAACCCUCUCGGGUUGUGUUCGUGGGGAAUAUUCCGUAUGGCUUAACGGAGGAGCAAAUCACAGAAAUCUUUAGUGGUGCAGGCAGAGUACUGAACUUCAGGCUUGUUUACGAUCGUGAAACUGGUCGACCCAAAGGGUUUGGAUUCGCUGAAUUCCCUGACUACGAUUCUGCGGCUUCAGCAGUCAGAAAUCUCAACGAUUACGAAAUCAUGGGUCGCAAGUUGCGCGUCGACUUUAGUAACGAGACGGUCAGCGAUGAGGACAAUCGCGACCGCGAUGGCGCAGCCGGCACCAGCGGUGGCAAUUACUCCAACCCCGCCACAGCCAACGGCAGCGGCGCCAAUGUCCCCUCCGCUUCGAUACAGGCCGCUGGCCCGGGUGGCGGCGGCGGCUCUUCUCUCCCGCCGCUCCCGCAGGGCAAGGACCUACCCCCCGGCGUCUCCUGCACCGAUGCCAUCUCGCGCACUUUGAACACGCUCCCCCCCGCCCAGCUCCUCGACAUCUUGCAGCAGAUGAAGACGCUGGCCACCAACGACCCAGCGCGCGCCACCGAGUUGCUCUCCCAGGCGCCCCAGCUCAGCUACGCCAUCUUCCAAGCCCUGCUGAUUAUGGGCCUGGUCUCGCCCGACGCCAUCAACUCGGUUCUCGAGCCCGGUGCCGGCCCCAUCAUGCCCCCCGCAGCCGGCCCGGCCGCCGCCACGGGCACGCCCCCCGUCGCCGCGCCUGGUGGCUACGCGCCGCCGCCUCUCGCCGCGCAGCCCCCCGCCAUGCCGGCUCCCGCCGCGGCUGCCCAGCCCCCCGCCGGCCAGGACCCGGAGGCGCUCAUGCGUGCCGUCAUGGAGCUGCCGCAGGAGACCAUCGACCAGCUGCCCGAGGCGGAGCGCCAGCAGAUCAUGGCGCUGCGCGCGAGCUACAGCGCGCAGACCCGUCGCUAA